AGAAGUUAAGAAAGAAACGAAAUCUGUCCAGUCUGGACUCUGUCCACGUCUUGAGAAGGCGAUUCUCACUCACACCUUACUCAUGGUGAGGGAGCGAAGAUGACAUCAUCCCACCAACGAUUACCAACCCCACGUCUAUGCCGACCGCAGCUUGAACAAUCUGACGAGCACUUUGAAACCCUGGCCAAUAACGCAACAUUGCGCCCGAGCUACGACCUGCUGCCUGAGUGAAUGGGCACAGGUGUCACGAUUGCGCAAAGGCGCCAGCAACACCCCACCUGGCAGUGGUACACACGAUGAAGACAGCCAAAGGCAAAGGCAAGGGCAAGCCCAUAUCCCGCUCGACGAGCGGGUUCGGGAGCGCCAACGCAGCUGGAUUUGGCGGCUUUGGCGACUCUGCCAGCGGAAGCUCCUUGUCGUACCUGGCGGAACCGCCUUCAUUCAGCAAUGUCACCGACCCUCACGUGGUGGUCUCGCUGAAGAAUGUCCUCAAGAAGGAUAGCACGACAAAGGCCAAGGCCCUCGAGGAACUGCUGGCCUAUGUUCGGGAUCAUCCGUUUGAAAAGGAUGGCGGUGUCGAAGAGGCGGUUCUGGAUGUUUGGGUCCAGAUGUACCCUCGGACGUCCAUCGACAACGCCCGACGAGUUCGCGAGCUGUCGCACAACUUGCAAUUCGAGCUGAUGAAGUCGGCUCGCAAACGCAUGGAACGGCACAUUCCUACCAUCGUCGGCGCAUGGCUCGCAGGGCUCUAUGAUCGAGAUCGCGCCGUGGCGCGUGCGGCGAACGAUGGGCUGGCUUCUUUCCUCAACACGCCUGAAAAGGUAUUGGGCUUGUGGAAGAAAUGCCAAAGCCAGAUACUCGAUUACGCGAUCGAAGCCGUUCAAGAGACUCAAGAUACUCUCAGUGACGAGCGAUCCACCACGAAAGAGGAUGCCGAGGCCAAAUACUACCGGGUCAUCACGGCAAGCCUAUCAUUGGUGCUCGGCCUUUUGCAAAAGUUGAGCGACGAUGAUAUCGCUAAAGCCCAAGCCCAAUACGACAGUUUCUUUGAACAAGACGCUGUUUGGAAGGCUUUAACUUACAAUGACUCCUCGGUGAGGAAAACCGUGUGUCAUUUGGUAUUUACUUGUCUCGACCGCAAGCUACCGUGCGCCGAGGAAACCAAAGUCAGACAAGCUAUCGUCACUGGUGGUCUCAGAACGGAUCAAUCUGGAUCAGCUCUAGAGUAUGUUCGGGCCCUGACGAAGUUGACACAAUCACAACCAGACAUAUGGACAUCAGGGACGGAGAAAAAAUCUCCUCUUGCGCGCUUGCAGAUGUUCAUCGCCAAAGGAUCACAAGGCAGUCCCCCAAAGUUCUGGGAGUACCUGGAUCAGCUCCUCGCCCUGAUACCACUAGAAGCCACAUCACUUGACCUUGCUAAUGGGAUCCUGACAUCGCUCAAAUCUGGGGUCACCCACCGUGAUGAACCAAGGACAAACACAUCAUACGCAUGGAAGUGCUACAUCGACGCCGCGCGACGCCUACUUCAGAGUCUGGCUCCCACCGAGCAGCACUCUUUUGGACAAGCUCAUCUAUUUCCCCUUUUUGAGCAAUUCAUCCUCUCCGUCUCAGAGAAGCAGACGGCUAUACCUCUUGGGCCCAAUGCCAUGGCUAUCUUUGUUGAUGCGUACAUGGCAAUUGCAUCGUCAGAGGAGCCGUUGAGACUGGCUUUUGAAGACGAAUGGAAGCGUGUUGCGUCCAUUCUCUGUGCAAACAUAUCUGCAUCUCUACCAGAGGUCUCCAAGGAGUAUCAGGCGUCCCAGGAGAAGAUCAGCGAGGAAGGCCGCCGUUGGUUCGGACUUGUCGGACAGAUUAUGGCAAAGAUGGACAAAAUGAGUGCCUCGAUCCCCGAUUACACAACCCAGCCGUCAUCGGACAUAAUCGACCAAAGUCUCUCCCUCCUUCAAACCCGCAACCUGAAGCCGUACGGUGCAGCUCGGAUAUUGGAGUACGCUUUGAGCACCUCCCAACACCUUUUCAAAGGAGACAGGUGGAAUGCCAUUGCUGAUUUCUUGAUGGCUGUGGCCGUGAACGACAUGAAGAAAGCUGCCACUUCGUCGUCAGCACCGUACCUGCUUUCUUGCGUUCAGUUGCUUGGUGCUGUGUCCGAACGAGAUAGUGACUUCAGUGCUCUGUGGGCCACCUGGGCUGAAGGGGCUGCUAAGCUACAGCCGGGAGAGACACAGGACUCUACGCUGACUUCUCUCGUUUCCAACGACAAGGGGUCAAGGCUUGCCCAGCAACAUACCGAGCUGCAGCGCAUUAUAUCGCAACGGUCUUUGGCAACGGUAUCCGGCACUGCCGAUGCUUGGGGACUCCUUGAUGGUGCUGUCACGUACCAGGCUCUUGAAGAUGGAGUCUACACAAAGCUAGCACAAGAUCUACUGGACCUCUUCAACCGAGAGCCGGAAUCGUCUAGCAACAGCUUGAGGGCUGUGGAAAUCUUGGUCAAGGGUCGACCAGCGCUUUUCUCCGCGAACGAUGAGUUGAAGACAGCACUACUUGCCCGACUACUUAGUCUCUCCGAGAUUGGCGACACAACUCUAUCCACGCAAACACAGUCUAUUCGGGCUCUGCUGGACAGCCAGUCGGAGGGAAAACUUCCAAUUGUCGGUAUCAUCCAAUCCAACCUGGACCGCGCUGGGCCACAGUCCCUCGGAAUUGCGACCGUUCUCAGCCAAGCUGAGGGGUCUUCAGGGGUUCCUCCGGAAGAUGUCCUUCCCAACGUCAAAGUCUGGGCUCAGGAGCUUGAACCAUUCCUUGAACAGCCGAUUGACUCCUCGUUGUCGAUCACAAGCAACAUUAGUGGGGCCGCUGCACUCAUCAAGCCAUCCACCAGGAGUGUUCCACGCGUUCAAAGAGAUCGCAAAGGCCGCUCGAUUCCUGCUCGCAUGGCUCUCUUCCUCGACCAAGCUCUGAGAAGCCGACUUGACUUUGCAGCGUUACCGGUCGACACCCAGGCUGAGCUCCUGUGUCUCCAUGGUCUCACUACUCAACUAGUUUCGGAUCAGAUCACCCUUGGAAGCAAAGGUGGCAUUUGGCUAUCACUGCACCAUGGGCAAUCUGCCAGUGAGGCCGAGAACCUUGUGUCGUCGUCGAAGAACUUCAUCAACACUCUCGCUGCAUCAAGCGAUACAUCGGAAACGCUAUCGCUGCUGAUUGAUACGCUCAUUGUGAGGUCACAGGAGCUAUCGUCACGAGGAGUAUACAGCGCGAGAGCCUUAGCGGAACUGAUCGCCGCGAGAAUCGAGGUGCAAGGACUGACUCCGGAUUUGGAAGAGAAGUUGAUGAAAACUGAAUACCUCAAGGCAACACCAGAGACUUCUCUACUGGCAGCGGCUAUUGUCGUUGGUGCGGGCGGCUCUGGGCAAAUCUCUAAGCCAAUCAGCAACUUCUGUAACCAUCUCGUUAGUGACGCUGCCGGUGCCUCUGUCGAAGGCGAGAAGGUUGGUAAGACACACGCAGUCUUGGCGCUGCUGUCUCUCUGUGGGCAGACUUACGAGACUGGUGAGAUGCCCGUCGCCAACAACCGAAUCGUCUUCGCAACUAGGCAAAUUACAUCGUGGUUGGACGAGCCCGAGAAGCUGGAGCCUUCCCUGUCAGCAGAGCUUUGUCGAUCUUUGACACAGCUACUUCCCUGCAUGAAGGAUGUCUAUGGACAGUAUUGGGAGAAGGCGUUAGGAUUUUGCACCUACUUGUGGCAACAAGCGGGAGGAUCGAGAUUUGGCGAAAUGCUAUCGGCGACGCAUGCCUCACUUCGAUUAUACAAGACGCUGUCAUCCAUUGCCGAGCCUAAUGAAGACUUGCAGGACGCGUUGAAAGAGUUUAGCGAUGCGAAAGCCAAAGCCCUGCUCGAGUUGCUUCGGGCGCCACGCUUCGAAUCCUCGCAGCCAGUGGGCGUCGUGGACGGCAUCAUCUGCCGCGAGGUGGAAAAGCUACCCAUGAGGCAUAUCCCUGAUGUCGCGGACAUUUUCCCUCUCGUUGCCUCGGAAUCCCGAGAUAUUCAGACAGCGGCGUUCAACCUUCUCCACAAGGCUAUUUCUGCACAGCAAGAGCAAAAGUCUGUGGACAUUUUGCUCGAUAACACUGAUGCACGGUUGCCUGACGAGCUGUUGUCUCUCCUGCUCGACGCGCCCACGCUCGAACAGUAUCCCGACGAGAUCUUGGCCCAAUUCCCCACAUCGAUUCGUUGUUACUUACUGGCCUGGAAGUUGGUAUUUGACGCCUAUUCGACAUCGUCCUUCAAAGUUCGGAACGACUUCACGGAACAGCUCAGAGCGGAGAAAUGUGCUAACCCUCUGCUCGACUUCAUGUUCGACGUGCUCGGCCACUCGGCCGCCCACCCACUCAACUUGCCCAAGGCUAGCCUGGGUCCCGAGCAAAUCAAGGACUUUGACAUCAAACUCGCCGAUGCGGAAGCUGAGGAGAAAGGCAUGCAGUGGUUACUGGUGCACCUGUUUUACCUUGCACUCAAGUACACCCCAGGCUUGUUCCGCACCUGGUACAUUGACUGCCGCUCAAAGCAGACCAGAAUCGCGGUGGAGGGCUGGACCACCAAGUUCUUCUCGCCUCUCAUCAUUGAUGAUGCGCUGGAUGACGUGCAGACGUGGGCCGACUCCCAAGAAGCCCCAUCCAUGGACGAGAAGGAACUCAAUGUCAAGGUGUCCCGCCCAGCUCGCGAGGUCACAGCGGGCUACGAGAUUGACGAAGACGAAGCCGCCAUUGCUAUCAAGAUCCCUUCGAGCUAUCCCAUUGACGGUGUCGCCGUAGAGGGGCUACGCCGAGUGGCUGUCGACGACAAGAAAUGGCAGAGCUGGGUCAGAACCACACGCGGUGUCAUCACGUUCUCCAACGGCAACAUCAUUGAUGGCCUGCAGGUCUUCCGUCGCAACAUUGUCGGCGCCCUCAAGGGCCAGGGCGAAUGUGCGAUCUGUUACAGUAUCAUCUCGUCGGACAAAAAGACGCCGGACAAGCGAUGCACCACGUGUAAGAACCUGUUCCACAGGGUUUGCUUGUAUAAGUGGUUUAGCACCAGCAACCAGAACACGUGCCCUCUGUGCAGAAACCCCAUCGACUAUCUGGGAGCGGACACGCAAAAGAGGCGUCAAGGGUGAAAGGCGAUUGUAUAGAAAAAAGUUAGAUAGAGGGGCUACGAAUGCUCUCGGAAAC